ACUUCCUGUCCGGUCAUUGUUCUCGUACCGGUGGGAGCUGAGGUCCCGGUCAGCCAGCCUCAUGCUGCAGAGCCAGUGAACUCAGGUCGGGCUUCUCAGUUGCGAACAUAGGCAGUACUCAUCUUGGCCCUGGGAAGAAACUCAAGAAGAAGCUUUUGAAACAUAAAGCUUAGAUGGGGUUUGACCUCAGCUGGGCAGCUCCCAGCUGUAGGAAUUCCCCUGCUGAGCAGAGAAGAUGACUGCAGAAUUGAGAGAAGCCGUGGCCCUAGCUGCAUGGGGCCCAGUGAAAGUGAAAAAGGAGGAGGAGGAGGAAGAAAACUUCCCAGGUCAGGCAUCCAGCCAACAAGUGCACUCUGAAAACAUCAAAGUCUGGGCCCCAGCGGAGGGUCUUCAGACAGGCCUUGAUGGAUCAGAAGAGGAAGAAAAGGGUCAGAACGUAUUCUGGGACAUGGCAGUAGUGCUGAAAGCAACUCAGGAGGCACCUGCUGCUUCACCCCUUGGCAGCUACUCGUUACCAGGGACUCUGGCCAAGAGUGAGAUACUGGAGACUCAUGGGACCAUGAACUUUCUAGGUGCUGAAACCAAGAACCUACAGUUACUGGUUCCAAAAACUGAGAUAUGUGAGGAAGCUGAAAAACCCCACAUCAUAUCAGAAAGAAUCCAGAAAGCUGAUCCUCAAGGACCUGAGUUAGGAGAACCUUGUGAAAAAGGAAACAUGUUAAAGAGGCAGAGAAUAAAGAGGGAAAAGAAAGAUUUCAGACAAGUGAUAGUGAAUGACCAUCAGUUAUCUGAAGGCUUCAAAGAAGAAGAAAACCAGAAAUGUAAGAAAUCUGGGGGAAAAUACAGCCUUAAUUCUGGCGCUGUUAAAAAUCCAAAAACCCAGCUUGGGCAAAAGCCUUUUACAUGUAGCGUGUGUGGGAAAGGAUUUAGUCAGAGUGCAAACCUCGUUGUGCAUCAGCGAAUCCACACUGGAGAGAAACCCUUUGAAUGUCAUGAGUGUGGGAAGGCCUUCAUUCAAAGUGCAAACCUCGUUGUGCAUCAGAGAAUCCACACUGGACAGAAACCUUAUGUUUGCUCAAAAUGUGGGAAAGCCUUCACUCAGAGUUCAAAUCUGACUGUACAUCAAAAAAUCCACUCCUUAGAAAAAACUUUUAAGUGCAGUGAAUGUGAGAAAGCCUUUAGUUACAGCUCACAACUUGCUCGGCACCAGAAAGUUCACAUUACAGAAAAAUGCUAUGAAUGUAAUGAAUGUGGGAAAACAUUUACUAGGAGCUCAAACCUCAUUGUCCACCAGAGGAUCCACACGGGGGAGAAGCCCUUUGCCUGUAACGAUUGUGGCAAAGCCUUUACCCAGAGUGCAAAUCUUAUUGUACAUCAGCGAAGCCAUACUGGUGAGAAGCCAUAUGAGUGUAAAGAGUGUGGGAAAGCCUUUAGUUGUUUUUCACACCUUAUUGUGCACCAGAGAAUUCACACUGCAGAGAAACCUUACGACUGCAGCGAAUGUGGGAAAGCCUUCAGUCAGCUCUCUUGCCUUAUUGUCCACCAGAGAAUUCACAGUGGAGAUCUUCCUUACGUGUGUAAUGAAUGUGGGAAGGCCUUCACAUGUAGCUCAUACCUACUUAUUCAUCAGAGAAUUCAUAAUGGAGAAAAACCUUACACAUGUAAUGAGUGUGGGAAGGCCUUCAGACAGAGGUCGAGCCUCACCGUGCACCAGAGAACCCACACUGGGGAGAAGCCCUAUGAAUGUGAGAAGUGUGGUGCAGCUUUCAUUUCCAACUCACACCUCAUGCGACACCACAGAACCCAUCUUGUUGAAUAACAAGUAAGGAAGAGGAAGACCUCCAGCAUUGGUCAUAACCUUCUGCCUCCCUAAUGAGACACCUCUUUGCUGUUUUCUUCCUCCUCUAUAAAAGUGAGGGCUAUGUCCUUAAAAGUUAAGAGUUUUCAGGAAUGCAGCACAAAACACAAGAAAAGCAUUUCAGAGGCUAAUUUAAAGAAAACAAAAAGUAAGCACCUAAAGGCAAGGACUUUGUUUUAACUGUACUUUAAGUGGUCAUGUUUUCUGAAGUGGAAUGUGACUUUCUUACGAAUGGGUCAUACAAAGCUAAGUGGUAAUGAUGCCAUUUGGGGAAAGGUCUUUUUUGCUUAGUUUUGUUUUUUAAAACUCUGAUGAUUGCUUGAGCAACAGGAAGGUUAUCUGCCUGGUUGAAUUCUGGUUGAACUGUGUAUUCUAAUAUUUCUGGUUAAGUGGUGACUAGGUAAGGAAACCACUUGGGGUAUCAGUCCAACAAUUCACUUAUGAACGUUUAUAAGCUUUCCAUUUCCUAGGUAAUUUUUUAAAAGUCAGUCAAAACAAAAAAAACUUCACUGAAAAUGGACAGAAAUAGGAAAUGGACUUUUUCCUUACUGUCUAUACCUCUUGAACCUUGGUAUUGUAAAGAUCUGGGGACCUCUGAGUCUAUUCUGACCACUCCCUAGUCUGCAUGGCCAAGCACUCAAGGAUUGAUGGACACCACACACCAGCUAUAUUCAUUUGCCAAGAUCAACAGCUCCUUCUCCACACAACUCUAGCCCCCAAUUCCCAUUACAUUCCAUUUAGGUGAGAUGCAACUAACAACCCCUUCCUGGAUAAAGGAGUCAAAGAAUAAAGCUUGCCUAGAGGCAUG